UAUAAAGCUGAGAAUACACAAGAAGAGAGAAUAAGAGCCACAUCUCAUUGCCUCAUUCUUGUUUGCAUGUGAACAUCCUGCAACAUUUACUUCAUCCUGCUGCACCUUUUACCUGGCCAGAUCUGCCCAGAGCAUGUCAGCUAAGCUUCUAGUGGUUUUCUUCCUUCUGUCAGUGUUUCAAGCCUGUUCUAGAAAGGUUGAAGAGGAUGAAUAUGAAGAUGGAACGAUUAACCAAAAAUGGGUAUUAGCUCCAAAAACACAGGACACAGAUGUGACUCUCAUACUAAACAAGCUGUUGAGAGAGUAUGACAAAAAGCUGCGGCCAGAUAUUGGAAUGAAACCAACAGUUAUUGAUGUUGACAUUUAUGUCAACAGCAUUGGUCCUGUAUCAUCAAUAAAUAUGGAAUAUCAAAUUGAUAUAUUUUUUGCCCAGACGUGGACAGACAGCCGUCUUCGUUUCAACAGCACCAUGAAAAUACUGACUCUGAACAGCAACAUGGUUGGUUUGAUUUGGAUACCAGAUACGAUAUUCCGGAAUUCCAAAACAGCGGAAGCUCACUGGAUCACCACCCCCAACCAGCUCCUCAGGAUAUGGAACGAUGGGAAAAUCUUAUAUACCCUCAGGCUUACCAUCAAUGCUGAAUGCCAGCUGCAGCUACAUAAUUUCCCAAUGGAUGAACACUCGUGUCCAUUGAUAUUCUCUAGUUAUGGCUACCCUAAAGAGGAAAUGGUUUACAGAUGGAGAAAAAAUUCAGUCGAGGCUGCUGACCAGAAAUCUUGGAGACUCUAUCAGUUUGACUUUAUGGGUCUUAGAAACACUUCAGAAAUUGUGAAGACCUCCGCAGGUGAUUAUGUAGUCAUGACUAUAUACUUCGAUUUAAGUAGAAGAAUGGGAUACUUCACUAUCCAAACAUACAUUCCCUGUAUAUUAACAGUUGUUCUUUCCUGGGUAUCCUUUUGGAUUAAAAAAGAUGCCACACCAGCACGAACAGCAUUAGGUAUUACCACAGUAUUGACUAUGACAACUUUGAGUACCAUUGCAAGAAAGUCAUUACCCCGUGUCUCCUACGUCACCGCUAUGGACCUGUUUGUGACUGUGUGCUUUCUAUUCGUCUUUGCUGCUCUGAUGGAGUAUGCAACCCUCAACUACUACUCAAGUUGCAGGAAACCAAACUGUACUAAGAAGAAAAAGUCGCUACCUGAUGUCAGUUUUGGUCAUGUGAUGAAUUAUUCUGUACUUGAUAUGAGACCACCAACUACAGUCAUCACAUUAAACAAUGCCAUGUAUUGGCAAGAAUUUGAAGAGGCAUGUGUCUAUGAAUGCCUGGAUGGGAAAGACUGCCAGAGCUUUUUCUGUUGUUAUGAAGAAUGUAAAUCAGGCUCGUGGAGGAGAGGACGGAUUCACAUAGACAUCUUAGAACUGGACUCUUACUCUAGGGUCUUUUUUCCUACAUCCUUCCUGCUGUUUAACCUGGUCUACUGGGUUGGAUACCUCUAUCUUUAAAUUUUACCUGUAGUGGUGAAGACUACUGUGUUUUCAUGCUGCUUAGGGAUGGUGAAAGUGCAGAAAGAGUGAAGGACACAGUCAGUUUCAUCUCAAAUUAUAGAGGCCACGUUAACCUUCAUCAUCAGAGAAACUGAUGAAGAAUUUUAAUAUGUGAUUGCCUGAAAAAAAAAUACAUGGAAGAAUUCUCUCCUUAAUGCUAUUCAUUUGAAGGAAAAGAUUCUUACUAAAUUCAGCUGAAUUUGUAGUAUAAGCAAUGUUUAUGAACAAUUCUUGUAUAUUAGAAUCUUUACUACUCUCCCUUGGCAUAGAAGCUAUCCACAAUUCAGGCAAGGGUUAAAUACGUAAUUUUUGUUCUUCAUUCCCAUACUUUCUUCAAAAUGCUGACGUAUCCCUGAGGCUCAGAGCAGCAUACACAGGCAUUGGCAGAUUAGCCAAAGCCCACCAAGCCAUCCAUUUGUAUUUAAACUUGCUUGAACUAUGACCCAUAGGUUCUGGGAAUUCUUUUCUUGGUGAUCUUGUUGCAAUGGAGAAACCACCAAAAGACAGAAAAAAAGUCUCCAGUGAGAUAGAGACAUGAGAGUUACUUCCUGUAAAAGUCUGAGAUAUAUGGAAUUAGCAAUUUGCCUACAUCUGUUAGUUUUAAUUUGAGGUGAAAAGGCUGAGUUAGAAGAACACUAAUAUUUUGAUACAAAGUGAAAGGUUUGCCUAUCUCUGAGGUAGCUGUGGGCAUAACUUCUACAGCUUUUCAAGCCUUUAACUGUCUUUUUUUAUGACUGGUUAAACAGAGGAUGGUCAUUGAUUUCUAAAGAAGUACUCUACUUAAGGCAGGACAUGAUUCCUGCUUGUUUGUGUCAUUGUAGCAGACCAUAGUUGAUAGACCAGGAGUAAGAUUCACUAUACAAUAGCACUAGGAAUUGUAAGUUUCUUCAGAUUUCAAUUUACUGCAAAGUGCACUCAUGUGUUCUUAUUUUUUUCUCUUUAAGUUAUUUCACAAAAUUGAAAAAAGCAUGUGCCAAAGUACAUUUUUAUUCAUUCCAUAAAGUUAAAUAUUGCAGUCCUUAUUCAUGGCAGAUGGUCUAUGGGUCUGAGCUGAAGACUUUUGACUUUUGACUUAAAUAGUGCAUUAUGGGAACUCAAUAGUAUGCCUUGGAUUAAAUAUGGAAUAAUAUCCCCAUAUUGAAAAAGCUUGGGGUUUUUUUUGAUUUUUUUUUCCUAGACUAGCAACUACAUUUUAAUCUAGAUAGCCAUUUUGUAUUUUUCAAAAGCUUUACCAUUAAAUUCUUAAACUACUCAUUUUGCAAAACUUAGUUUUACAGUGUUAAACUAGAUUGCAUUUUUUACAGACUCCCUCAAUAAUUGUUAUUAAGCAAAUAAAUCAGACUCGAAACUAAAGAGCAAAGGCUUUUCAGUACUCUUUGGAUGACAAAUAGUUACAAAUGAUAAAAAGUAAAGCACACUUAAAAGCUAAAUUCUGCUUUUUUCUUGUCCGGAAGACCUGAUCAGUUUUUUCUUAUCUAAAUGAAAAUGUGUCUCUCUUCCACACAAUGUUUGAAAAAAUGAAUAGUAGAUAUGAGUGAGGAGCAAUUAUUUUUAUCCUCAGAAAGAAAAUCCUGCAAACAUGCAAAGACUAAUGCAAUGGUGAUUUUAAAGAAACAGUAAUGUAGCCAUGUUCUUUGAAACAUCACUGUCUGUCAUUGCUGUUUCUCUGUGCUUCCAGAGUGUUUUUAACUAAAAAAAAUUGCUAACACAAAAGGUAAAUGUAGUUUUUCAAAAUAUUUUCUUCCAUUUUUCAAUUGUCUGAAGUACCAGAGAAGGAAAGCUGGGUUCAGAUGGGGGAGGGGAACCACUUCUCCAAGGACUAACAAAAUUCAAAAUAGAAGCACAGAGAAGAAAUCAGAUAUUUGGGAGUAGGAGCAAAACCUUAUCUUUAGCAAAAGCUGCACAGUCUGACUUCUAAACCAAUAAUCACCCUCUGAUUUCAAAAUACAUGUUGAAGCUUUUGCUAACUCUUGGUAGCAAAUUGCUCUGUAAACCUAUUACCCUCCUGGGCUGAAAUUAUGAAUUAGUCAGCUCUAACGGCCACUUUCAGCCACAUGUUGCAAGAAUGCUAGUAAUAUCUGAAGACCAUAUAGAAGAAUGGAACCAAUUAUCCUUUAGGGGACUGAUCCUGCAAACGCUCUGCACAAUUAGUUUUGCUGGGAGUAUUUAAAAAGAUGAGACACAAGAAGGUGGCUUCCACCAUUAGAUCUUGGCUAAAUAAAGUGAGAUUUAUUUAGCAAUCGCAUACUUCAGUGAACAGACUGGGACUAAGUGUGGAAGGGGAAUGUUCGAUUUUUAGAUUAUGUGCACAUGCUGUUCUUACACUUCUGCUACAGCUACCCACUUCAAUUUAGAGCACGCAAUACUGUCAGAUCCUUCCUUGCAAGACUGAUUCUGCUAAGUGUUUAUAUUGCGUCUGUUUUUUGAGUGCUUUCAUAAGCACAGGUUGGAAGCAUAAUACUCCACUCUUGACGCUCCUGACCAAAACAGAAUGUGCAGUAUAUUCUGGUUUCUUCUCUUACACUGGCAACAGAGGAUAUAUUCUACUUUCGAGUAUAUUCUACUUUGGAGUAAAGUACAAUAAAUUGAUUUGUAUGCAAGGUGAGCAGUUUUGAGUUGACAGGUUCCAGAAAGCAUUCCUCUGGUUAUUAGCUGCUUUUGGCUUAUUCUUUCUGCUGCAUUUCUCUGUGUAGCAGACAAGAUAACCUUUCUAGGCUCUGCAUCAUUCAAAAUACAAAUAUUCUAGACAUUUAGAUAAAAUGGUCUGCAGAGAUCUAUGUGCCAGACCGUUCUGUAGUAUUAAGGAAUAUCCUCAUUAGUGCCCAGAUAUCCUUUUCAUUCCUUUUGAAUUCUUUCCUUUUCAAAUAUCCUUUUCAAUUCCUCCUGAAUUGAAAAAAAAAUCGAAAAAACUGCAGAGUGCCAUUGGAAAUGUGAGAACCACCUUUUAGCAUUUUAGAACACUUUAUUGUGAGAUAAUUUCAUAUUCAAGACUUGCAUUUUUUUGCUACUUCUUUUUUGUAAUUUCAUACUUGUUUUUAUCUUUCCAAAGAAGGGAAGGGAAUGGAAGAAAGUUAAAUACAAAUGACUCAUUGGAUAUGAGUAUAUCUGACUCAUUUGGAUAUGUCUGUAGAAUCACAAAAUCAAGUACCUUCUCAUUAGACUGUUUCCUUGUCGAAGUUACAGAAAAGAUUGUGAGGGUUUUUUUAUCAUAUUUCCCUGCACAAUCAUCCACUUUUCCCAGCAAGACAAAUAAUUGUAAAAAUCAAACCUCUUAUUUCCUUCACUUCAAUUCAAUUGAAUUCGCUUCAGUUACGAACUGAGAAACACUGUUUUCCUGCUUAAGGACAGCCUUUUCAAGGCAAUUAAGAAUGUAUAAAAAUAUUGUUCUGUUUAAUUCAGAAUCUAAGUCUUCUUAGUUCUUCUGCCCCUGGCAUGCUGAGAACUCCUUCUUAUUUGUAGUUUCUUUAGGAAAAAUACCAGAAAACCGCCCUUAUUCCAAUUAUUAGUGUAUAAAAUCUAUGACCCAGUUUAUUCUGCCUCCAUGUCUAGCAGUAAUGUGGAACUGAAGUGCUCCACACAAUCUUAGUGUAACUUUCUAAUCAAGAAGUGUGGCUGUAGAUUAAAAUAUCUUCAGAUGCUCCUUUCCUCCCUCACCAAAUCUUACUUGUAUAUUGAGUCAAUAAAAAUGAUUGAAAUUACAGUAGGAAGAAUCCAGAACUAUCUUCACGGAGGUGAUGAAGUGUGAAGCUAAAAGAGGAGAUUACUUUUCAUUGCUCGGCAGUUCUUAUCCACCCUACUCUUCUUCUUCAGUUCUUCCCACCACCUAUACACAACUAAUUCCAAAUCAUCCACCUAGUGCUUUGCACAUUCAUCAGCUGUAACAGCAGUGACACAUGAGCCUUUAGCUAAUAGGAAAUUAUAUUUCUGGAGCUGGAGGCAUCCUGCCAAGUAAUGCAGGUAGCUGUCUUGAACACUUUUACAGCCCUAAUGAGUCUCAGAGCCUAGCACCUCAUGUUGCCCCAUGAAUUUAUCACGACUCACCUUCCCUAAUCCCUUCAUGACCUAGGGAAAGAUGCUUAUCCACUUUUUACACCAAAUUUCACCAUACAUCCAGAAGGAUGACCUGGCUUGGUUCACACUCCAAGUGACCAGGUGCCGGACAGCUCUGGAAAUGCCACACUGGAAUGAUUUUGUGAGAAGGGAGACUGUAAAUGUUAUAAGAUAGAUUUUAUUAGCCUCACAAUCUAAAGGGUUGGUGUUACUUUCUAAGCUGUAGAACAAGGCACUCACCACAACUUGUAAAGGCUCUCCAUAACAUAUUGAACUUGUCCCAUUGGCUGCACUUUCUGAUUUUCCAGAAAGCACUACGAAAAGGCAAGCCAUGUCCCAUAAUCUUAGCUGCCUACACCAUUAAAGGAUUUUUUCAAGGUACAUUCUUCUGCUUGCUUACAGUGAAAUCCUUGUGCUUCUUACAUUGGUGCCUUUAACAUCUACUGAUGUUGAAAGAUAUAUUCCUGGCCUGAGAGUUAGAAAGAGUAACAAUUACCUGGUUGGAGUUCUUCCUGAGCACUACAAUGUGUGACCACUGUUCUAGUCAUCUUAGUCAUCUAGUCAUCUUAGUCGUCUAGUCAUCUAGUCAACAUAUACAUUGUGCAAUUUUGGCUGCUUUUUCUUUCUUUCUUUCUUUUUUUAAGCACUUAAUAGAUUUCUUGAUCCCUAGGUAGCAAAAAAACUGCAAUGGGAUUUCAGUCAGUUCAGCAGAAUCCUUCCUUCUUCACUCAGCAACUUCAUUCCACUAAGAUGUGCAGAGCAUAAGCUCAAGGCUGACAUUUACCUCAUCCAGGUGAUUUCCAAGAAGACAGCUUAAAAUAGGCAAAGAACAAAUGAUGCUUUGUUCCGUUGGGAAUACAUUUUCGCUAUUGAAAGGUGAGGUUCUUUUUCCUUUAUAACUUUUUUUUUUCCUGAGUUCAUUUUAGGUAAAACUUCUUCUUUCUUUCUUCUCUUGCUAAUCCAGAAAUUGCCAAGCAUAAAAUCAGCUCAGUUCCCUUGCUACUGGAUCCAGCAGCUGCAAACUAUUGUUUCAGGCAACUGCAUGCUUCCCUUCAGGUGACCUUGUGCCGCAAGUGGAGGCCACAGAGGAUGUGCAGAGAGAAUCAGCUGCUCUAGGCAUAAACCUUUUUCCAGCUAAUGCUGUCCAAAUAUGGUGGUAUUUGUCUGCAAUAGAUGUGGGAGAGCUCAGCAUAACUCUCUCAUAAACCACCCCUUUUUAGACUUCAUUGGCUCUUUCCUGUCAGUGGGUGAAGUUUCUAAUUCAAUCAUCACUUCUCAGCAGAAGUGUGACCAGCACCAUAGACUAUGCUGGAUUAGCAGCUUAUUCUAAAACAUUGAGCAAAAUUCCAGGACAAGAGUGUAAAAAAAUGAUUGAUGCCAACAGUUUCUCAUUCCCUUUUAUUUUCUUUUCAUAUCUGCCUGUUAUUUUACUCCACUACUAGCAGUGAAUGCUGCUAACAACAUUCAUAUCUAAUCUCUCCGAGGAAGGCACAAAGAGCAGAGUGUAUUGUAAGGCAUCCAUUAUCAACCUUUUACAGAAUCUUUUCUGCAUGUUUCUAGGAGGUAUUUGAGGAGGAGCCAACAGAUUGGAACAUCGUUUCAUGCACAGUGACCAUCCUAUGAUGCUCCUUUGCUAGGGACUUAAGGCAUAGCUGUGGUGACAGACAUUACUAUUUUGCUAGCUUUUUUUUCCAUUCCCUUAAUAGUGUUUACGAAAAAACAACACAAGGAAAGAACAAUUUGAGGAGAGCAGCUGUCUUUUAUUUUAUACAGGGGCUACUGGAAACUAUGCUGAAUAGCUCUGUUGAUCCACAAACAGGCUCCAUCACAUGCUAUAUUCUGUUUCUAGCCUGUUCAGAAGGGAGGUUUGAAACUUUCACUUACAUACUAAAAACAGCAUAAUAAUCAUCAGUCUUGUAGUAUAUCUAUAUACAUACAAGCUUCUCAAGUUUCACAGCAUCCUCUUUUUCAAGGAUUCUAGUACAUAUAUGAAAAAAAUGAAGACCUUUCCUCAAGUUUCAGUGGCCUUAUUACUUUUGUCUCUUCCUCUAGGAUUCAUGGUUUGUCUGAAAAACAAAAAAAAAACCCAGAAAACCUACUUUCCUCAUCACUUAGACGUUUUACUCUUAUCACCUAAAAAAAAUCAUGUUUUAACAGAAAAAUUACCAUCUUUGAAUUGCAUUGCUCCAACUAGUUAAACAAUGUACUUUUUGUACAUUGUACCUCUGGUGGGUUAGUGAGAUGUUCUAGCUUGUAACGCUGUUUAACACUGAGCCUGAAUUAGGUAUAAACAAUGUUCUAAUUUUACUUUUCUUAGCAGCUGUUUCUUUAAAUGAUUUUGGAAUGUGACCAACUUUUAGCACUUGGUUAGUGUCCACUAACUUUCCUCAAGAGACAUAUCCAAGAUCUGUGAUUAUGUAUUUCCUUCUACAAUCCACAAACUUUAUUUUAUUUUUGCUUUUCCAUUGUUCAUUUCAUCCUCAAGUCAGUGUUUGUACACAUCUGGAGUCCUCAAGGGUUUCCAGAAUAUGUAUGGAAUUAGACAAUAAAAUUCAUAAUGAAGUUCAGUGC